AGAGCGCAGCGGGAGCCGGGAGCGGAGCAGCGGGACCCCCCUCCCCCUGCAGAGCCCCCCCGGGGGCCCGGCGCGGCCCGGCCAUGCUCGGCCUGGACGUGUGCGAGGCGGGCGGGCAGCUGCUGGAGCUGCUGUGGCUCACGCUGUGUUAUCGAGACAUCAUGGCUGACAAGGAGGGGGUGAUGCUGUCACUGGAGGAAGAGGAGGAGGAUGCAGACGUGGCCCUGGCGUAUAAGACGCCGGAGAGGAAGAGCCUGCGGGAGAUCCAGGAGCUGGACCCGGGGGAUGAGAGCCUGCGGAAGUACAAGCAGGCGCUGCUGGGCAACAUCCCUGUGGCCGUGGAUGCCAGCGUGCCCAACGUGCAGGUGACGAAGCUGACCCUGAUGUGUGAGCAGGCGCCGGGGCCCAUCACCAUGGACCUGACAGGAGACCUGGAGGUGCUGCAGAGCCGUCCCUUCGUGCUGAAGGAGGGGGUGGACUACAGGGUGAAGGUGUCCUUCAAGGUGAACAGGGAGAUCGUCUGUGGGCUGAAGUGCCUGCACCUGACGUACCGCCGCGGCCGGCCGGUGGACCGCGACGUCUUCAUGGUGGGCAGCUACGCACCACGGGCCGAGGAGUACGAGGUGGUGACGCCAGCCGAGGAGGUGCCACGGGGCCGGCUGGUGCGUGGCUCCUACCGCGUCCGCUCGCUGGUCACCGACGAUGACAAGACGGAGCACCUCGCCUGGGAGUGGGGCCUGUGCAUAAGGAAGGGCUGGGAGGACUGAGACCCCCCCGGUCCCACCAUUGCGGGGAUCCCCCCGCCUACCCGGGGACCCCCUGCCGCCCGCGCCGCCCCACCGACGGGAAGGUGGAGGGGUCCCUUAGCAAAGCGGGCGCCCGCGGUCGUGGUCUUGGCAACCAAAGUUAUUUUUAAUCGCUGUUUUUUUUUGAUACCGACGCCCGACUCGUCCUCGCGGCACCUCCAUCGCUGUGCACUGCUGUGCGCUGAGCUGCGCCCGGCCGCAGGCUGUGCUCCUCCAUCGCCAUUAAACCCUACAGACGUGUCUCUUA